AUGGCAGACAACUCCAAGAGUGGCAAGUCCAGAAGCAGCCGUGUUGCCAACUCCGUCAACGAGAAGGCUCAGGGAAUUCUUAAGGAGGAUCUAAACAAAGCCAAGGGGGUAGCAUAUCAAGCGCUCAAGAGCAAGGCCUAUCUAUAUCCGAUCAAGGGGGUCUUUUACUUCCUUUCGCAUAAAUCCCUCUGGCAGCCGUUCACUUCCAAGAUUGGCUCGUAUCUCAGCCUAUCUGCGGGUGUAAUCGGCGGCAUGUUUGCCUUUACCUACCUCCCACAGCUUGCUGUGCUUGUCUUCACCAGUGGUCCCCUGGCCGUCUUUUCGACAGUCCUGCUUGUAUUGAACGAAAGCUCGACCAUCACAAACAUGAUUUCGAGGAACUGGAUCCUGCAACAGUCAAUUCUCGACACCUUUGAUGGCACCCUCAUCUCCAGAAAUGCCAUCAACAUGGUCCGUGAGGGCCGCGAGGUCAAGUCCGGAAGUGACCCCAUGAAAAGGCUGGGGAAAACUUUGAAAAGCCCAUUUACGAAAUUUAGUCCGACGGCUAUCAUUCGAUACAUUAUGUAUUUGCCUCUCAAUUUCAUCCCUGUGGUCGGCACAGCUAUGUUUCUCUUUCUUCAAGCUCGAACCAGGGGGACCCUAGUUCAUGGCCGCUACUUUCAGCUGAAGAACUGGUCGGCCUCUCAACGGCGCGAUUGGUUAGAGAAACAUACCGGCGCCUACACAGCAUUCGGCUUCGUGGCCACUCUACUGGAAAUGGUACCCGUUGCCAACAUCUUCUUCACUUACACCAAUACCGUCGGGGCCGCAUUGUGGGCCGCAGAUAUCGAGGAACUAAACACAAACAUGACGGAUGAAACGGCACCGACUCUUCGAGAGGCGGCAAAGAAGCUCCAAUAG